AUGCAAAGAACUGCUUAUCAUGAUGUUAUGCCGAAAACCCUUUAUUAUAGAACUAACGGCACAGGCCGCGACACUUAUAUUGCAUAUGAUAACGGAGGCGUUUUUCAAUCUACUUCAAAGUAUCCUAACAGCCAAACAGGAAAAUAUUGAAUAAGGCCAAAAUCGUCAUAUUCACGACCUUCUGCAAAGUCGUUAAGAUAUUCUUCAGAUGGGUCUGGAAGGGAUAGCUAUGUAAAGUAUGGGGAUGGAGGGCUUCAUGCUGCAAGCACGCCCAGAGACUCUUUGUCUACUUUUAGAGAAAGCUUAAGGAGCAACGAUUGCAUCACGAUGAGAAAAACGAUUUCUGACCCUUUUUCGUGGGCACAGCUGACUUGGAGCGAUAAUAGAACAAGAAGCAUUAGCAGAGAGAAGAAAAGAAGGGUUCAAGAUUGCGUUGAGAGACUUUACUAUACUAAAAGAAGUCGCUAA